AUGGAUUCUAAUGCCACUGUAACGCCGGUCGCGAGGUUCCAAUUUCAAACGACAGCGUCGCAAAAUCUAGAUAUAACUUGGGCGACUGUAGUGGUAGCAUUCUUACUCGUCGCAAUCACGACUCGUUUUCUCAGUGGCUUUCUCGGGACAUCGAAGCCUGCUCAAAAUGGAUCCAGAAGCGUACCGAUGCUCCCAUAUUGGAUACCUAUCGUCGGACAUAUUCCACAGUUCAGCUUCUCACCACAAAGAUUAUUGGACAAAGCACGCGACACAUAUAGGAGCGGUGUGUUUGCACUGAACUUGGGCAGCACGACUCACAACAUCGUCUUUUCACCUUCCAUGGGCGGAUCCUUGAUGAAUCAGAAGCACUCCAUUGCCAACAUGGAUUCGGUGGGGAAACACAUCUUGACUGCUGUAUUUGGUUAUCCAACCUCAAAAGCAUCGAUGCAGAGAUACGACCAAGCCUUAGUAGGAUUGAACGCAUGUUAUAAGCAUUUACUUUCCGAUCCAUCUCUAAAAGAGAUGAUCCAGAGCACGAUCGAUGUGACAAAACGGAACAUCGCCAACCUUGUCACCUUCUCUGAGAGCAGAGUUGAUCAGGUGGGAUGGGAGCGAACAAGCAAUGCCGAAACAGUAAUCAAACCCAAUGGAGAACAAGUUGUUGAGGCUAGCAUGAUGCACUUGGUCCGCGAUUUCGUUGCCGCCAAUGCCAAUCCGUCACUUAUCGGUUCUGACUUUGUAGACAAUAACCCUGAGUUUUUCUUGGAUCUCUGGGAUGUGGACAAAGGAUUCAAAUGGCUGGCGACUGGACUUCCCGCCUGGCUUCCCAUUCCUCAAAUUUGGAGAGCAAAAAUUGCUCGCAGUCGUUCUCUGAAUGCCGUACUCGCAUUCGAGGAAGCGAUGGAAAAGGCAGCGAAUGGAGAAAAUCCAGGUCAAGAAUGGCAGUAUCUUGAGAAUGUUGGUCCUGUUCUCGCAGAGAGAUUGAAGCUAUAUCGCCAACUUAACUUCACAAUGGAAGAACGAGCAGCCUUGGAUCUUUGCCUCCUAUGGGCGAUGAAUGCAAAUGCAAACAUGCUGGUGUUCUGGAUGCUCAACCACAUCUAUGCUGACAAGAAGAUCCUAUCUUCACUGCGCGAGGAGAUUGCACCUUUCGUGCAUGCCGUCCAACCGAAGCAACUAUUCGGCGUGCCAGAGCCGCCACGAAUCGACACCUUCGAUCACGAAGCCCUAGCAAGCAAAUGUCCGUUGCUCAAAAGCUGUUACGUCGAGUCUCUACGCCUAGAUGCGGCCACUUGGAGUUUCAGAGUCAUGCAAGAAAAUCUGGUUCUCCCGGCUUCCAGAGAAAAGGACGCCGAGAAGUUCUUCUUGAAAAAGGGAACUUAUACUCAUAUCGCUCAUUCGAUCCACCACACAGAUCCAGCCUACUUUGACGAUCCACACGUAUGGAGGGCAGAUAGGCAUAUCAAGCCCGAGCAAGAAGGCGAGGAAGUGUCUGUAAACAUGGGAACUAUAAGACCAUAUGGUGGUGGACACUCCAUGUGCAAAGGUCGAGCAUUUGCGCAGAAGGAGACGUUGGUAUUCAUCGCGGCAUUCAUCAGUAUGUGGGACAUGGAACCCGUCGGAGGCGGCGCCUGGAAGAUGCCAAGUUACAAACCUGCCACUGGAGUGUAUAGCACGAACGACAACGUCCGGGUGUGGAUUUCGCGUCGUGAGGACUUGCCCCAGGUUUAA